GAGGGGGGCAGCCUCUUCAGGAGCAGAGGCCCUUCCAGAUGUCUGUGUGGGAGGGACGGUGAGCCCCACUGUCACAUGAGGGUGAGCCUGAGCUCUGGGGGUGUGCGGUGGGGCAGACAUCCACUCUGCCAGUUGUCACAGGAUUCAGAGGGGGUGGCUCAUCACCAUCAGCGUCACCCUGCUGUGCCCAUUCCUUAGACCCUGGCAGGUCUGGGAGAGGCUCCGCAGGGUUUGCAGUUUCAGUUGGAGGCCCCCCAGGCGAGGAGGGAUUGAGGCGGCGGCGCCCUGUACGUAGAGCCUGGCCUUGGUUCUGUGCCCAGAGCGUGUACGUGCGACACGGUGGACGGUGGGCGCAACGUCCCCGGCCUGCAGUGGCCACGCGACUGCGGCCCCCUGCCCUAGGCGGCGCGGGAGCGGCUCCCUUCUUGUUCCCGCGGUGGCCAGGCGGGAGCAGAGGCGCGCGUCACGGCGCGGGUGCCUUCUCUGCUCUGUGACGCAGCGGCGGGGACCCGGGAACGCACGCGGGGCGCCCCCAGCCUGUCCCCGGCCUCAAAGCCGGGACAGACGGACGAUGGCCACGCGGCGGCUCCUGGCGGCGGCGCUCGGGCGCUGCGUCCCCGCCGGCCGCACGGUGACCGCGCUGUCCCAGGGCCUCGCCCGGCGCCGCUUUGCCACCAGCUCGCGUCCAUGCGCCAAAUUCUACACCGACCCCGUGGAGAUGGUGAAGGACAUCUCCGACGGGGCCACCAUCAUGGUCGGGGGCUUCGGGCUGUGCGGCAUCCCCGAGAACCUGAUCGCGGCGCUGCUGCAGACCCGCGUGAAGGACCUGAAGGUGGUGAGCAGCAACGUGGGGGUGGACGACUUCGGCCUGGGCCUCUUGAUGGCCGCCAAGCAGAUCCGCCGCGUCGUCUGCUCCUACGUGGGCGAGAACGGGCUGUGCGAGCAGCAGUACCUGGCGGGCGAGCUGGAGCUGGAGCUGACGCCGCAGGGCACCCUGGCCGAGCGCAUCCGCGCGGGGGGCGCCGGGGUGCCCGCCUUCUACACGCCCACGGGGUACGGGACCCUGGUGCAGGAGGGGGGCUCCCCCAUCAGGUACUACCCCGACGGCCACCUGGCCAUCAUGAGCCACCCGCGGGAGGUGAGGGAGAUCGGAGGCGAGCACUACCUGCUGGAGCAUGCCAUCAGGGCCGACUUCGCCCUGGUCAAAGGCUGGAAGGCCGACCGCAUGGGCAACGUGAUCUUCAGGAGGAGCGCCAGGAAUUUCAACGUGCCCAUGUGCAAAGCUGCAGAUGUCACAGCCGUGGAGGUGGAAGAAGUCGUGGAUGUGGGGACUUUUGCCCCAGAGGACAUCCACGUCCCUAGCAUUUAUGUGGAUCGCGUGAUAAAGGGGGAAAAUUUUGAGAAAAGAAUUGAGCGUUUAAGGUUCCAGGAGGAGGAAGAAAGAGAAGCCCAAGUGGAGGAAGGCCCGAGGACACGCAUCAUCAAACGGGCAGCCCUGGAGUUCAAGGACGGCAUGUACGCCAACCUGGGCAUCGGGAUCCCGCUGCUGGCCAGCAACUUCAUCAGCCCCAGCAUGACCGUCCAUCUGCACAGUGAGAACGGCAUCCUGGGCCUGGGUCCAUUCCCACCCAAAGACCGGGUGGAUGCAGAUCUCAUCAACGCAGGCAAGGAGACAGUCUCGGUGAUCCCAGGGGCCUCAUUUUUCGCCAGCGACGACUCCUUUGCCAUGAUCCGAGGGGGGCACCUCCACCUAACGAUGCUCGGGGCGAUGCAGGUUUCCAAGUACGGCGACCUGGCCAACUGGAUGAUUCCCGGCAAGAAGGUGAAAGGCAUGGGCGGCGCCAUGGAUCUGGUGUCCAGUGUCAAGACCAGAGUGGUGGUCACCAUGGAGCACUGCGCCAAGGACAGCUCCCCCAAAAUCAUGGACACGUGCACGCUGCCGCUGACGGGGAAGCGCUGCGUGGACCGCAUCAUCACCGAGAAGGCCGUGUUCGACGUGCACAAGAAGAAGGGGCUGACGCUGAUGGAGCUCUGGGAGGGCCUGACUGUGGAGGACAUUAAAAAGAGCACCGGGUGCAGCUUUGCUGUGUGCCCCAACCUCAGGCCCAUGCAGCAGGUGGACCCCUGACACGGGAGGCAGCCCGUGGGCACCCAGCCUGUGCUUCUCGGGUCAGCCUGGCAGGGCCUCCUCAGAGGACGUCGGUCAUGGCAGGAAAUCAUUUCACUGGCACGUGGACAGGCUCACCUCUGGGCUCCCAGACUUUCCUGCUAGACAGAUGGGAUUCUCUCUAGAGCGCUGUGACUUUAAUAAACACAUGCAAAAAAACAGGCAAGGUUGUCCGGUGUGUUCUUGAGCACAGCAAAGCACC